CUUAUUUUAAAGCUUUCAAAUACCCCAAGUUCAGCGCCACCGGCUUUCAGCUUUCGUCAAGAGUUGCACUUUCGUUUCCCCAAGCUAUCGUCUAUGUAUUUCUCUCCUCAAAGAUCAGAACUCUCUCUCUUCAAUUUCCAAACUCCAAAAUCACGAACCACAUAAAACUUCAUAAAACUUCAUUUCCAUUACUUUCUACUAUUCAAGGAUUAAUUUAGAUCUCUUAUGGUUCUCAAUUUACGAUUGGUACUCUGUUGAUGUAUAUAGAUGAUUGUUUGAUUAAUAGCCACUGUAAUAAGGAUGGGGCAUAGCUCCAAGAAGAAGAAGCGCAGUGGAGGCGGACGGCGGAGCAAGGGCAGGGCUCCGUCAAAAGAUCACACUUCUCACAGCGGCGAUGGCGGCGAAGUUCUCUCCGAGGAGCUAACAGCAUUGUGCGCAAUAUUUCAGGAAGAUUGCAAAGUUAUCUCAGAGUCACCUCCUCAAAUUAAUAUCAAGAUCAGUCCAUACUCAAAAGAUACGGGUUAUGAGGCUUCAGAUGUUUCUGCUAUUCUCUCAGUAAGGUGUUUAACUGGGUAUCCUUACAAAUGCCCAAAGCUGCAAAUAACUCCAGAGGAAGGUUUAUCACAAGCUGAUGCUGAUAAACUUCUGUCGUUGCUUCGUGACCAGGCAAAUUCUAAUGCUCGAGAAGGACGUGUAAUGAUAUACAAUUUGGUUGAGGCUGCUCAGGAGUUCUUGUCUGAAGUUGUUCCACUGGAACAAUCAAGUGAUUCUCUAAGUUCUGCAGCUGAUCAGGUUUCCUCCCAGGCAAGAGAUAGGAGCAGUCAGUUCCAAAAGGAUAUAACAGUUUCAGGUGACAGAACUUGGUAUUCUAUGGGACCUUUUGUUUAUGGUUUUGUGGAUCUUUUCAGUGGCUCUGGGGAGUCAUGGCAUUGGGGUCUUGAGGUGGAGGAUAAUGGUGGGAUGAACUUGUCAUUACGUUCCAAUAAAUUGGAUAAUUCUAGACACGGAUAUGAGGUUCAAGAGAAGAUAAUGGACCAGAAUGUGAAACCAUUGGUAUUUCAGGAUACAAAGCAAGGUCCUCUACUAACACCUGUAAAACUAGAUACUCUUGAGGAAGAGAGCGAAGAUGAGAGUAAGAACUUAUCUGCUACUGAUUCAAGUAGAUCGCUGUCAGGGGAAUCAACAGUAAAGGAAUUUUUUGUGGGACGAGAUCUAGCAGAAACUGAUGUUGGUGAUAUAGAUAGUGACCCUUCAGAAUCAAUGACUGCUGCGUCAAUGAUUGAUGAUCAGUUAUCUCACACUGUGGAAAGAGAUUUGAUUCUGGCUCAUCUGCUUCGCCUUGCUUGCACUUCUAAGGAACAACUCGCGGAUGCUUUGCCAGAAAUAACAUCAGAGCUUUACAAUUUAGGGAUCAUUCCAGAAAGUGUGCGGGAUCUAGUUACCAAACCAUCUCCACUAUUUGACAAAACUUUUAAUCAUGUCUUUGGACAGCAUAUGGUUUCAUCUAAAAUCUCUCAAUUCUGGAAAACCGCUUCUGAUUCCGGACGGCAGAAUACUUCAUCUAUCCCCAGUUCUCGAUAUCUCAAUGACUUUGAGGAGCUCCAACCCCUUGGUCAUGGUGGAUUUGGUCACGUAGUACUGUGCAAGAAUAAGUUAGAUGGAAGGCAUUAUGCUGUGAAGAAGAUUCGUUUGAAGGACAAAAGUCCACCUGACCGAAUAUUGAGGGAAGUAGCCACACUUUCACGGUUGCAGCACCAACAUGUUGUGCGUUACUAUCAGGCAUGGUUUGAAGCAGGAGUUGCUGGUUGCUAUGGUGAUACCACAUGGGGAUCGUGGACUGCAGCAAGUUCCAAUUUCAGUUACAAGGGUGCAAGUUCUGCAGAUAUUACUGGCCAAGAGAAUAAGAUUGAAUCAACUUAUCUGUACAUUCAAAUGGAAUAUUGCCCAAGGACUCUUCGGCAGAUGUUUGAUUCAUACAGUCAUUUUGACAAGGAAUUAGCCUGGCAUUUGUUUCGCCAAAUUGUAGAAGGCUUGGUACACAUACAUGGACAGGGAAUCAUCCAUCGUGACUUGACCCCUAAUAACAUCUUCUUUGGUGCUCGGAAUGAUAUCAAGAUUGGAGAUUUUGGUCUUGCCAAGUUCUUGAAGCUUGAGCAACUGGACCAGGAUCCUGAUCCUGCAGAAGCUGCUGGAGUUUCAGUUGAUGGUACUGGCCAAGUUGGUACAUAUUUUUAUACUGCACCAGAAAUUGAGCAAGGGUGGCCAAAAAUCGAUGAAAAGGCUGACAUGUACAGCUUGGGAGUUGUGUUCUUUGAGCUAUGGCAUCCCUUCAGUACCCAAAUGGAGAGACACAUAGUUCUUUCUGAACUUAAACAAAAGCGAGAACUUCCUUCUGAUUGGGUUAAGGAAUUUUCAGAACAGGCAUCCUUACUACAGCGCUUGAUGUCCCAAAGUCCAUCUGAUCGUCCAUCGGCCACAGAACUUCUCCAACAUGCUUUUCCUCCACGGAUGGAAUAUGAAAUGUUAGAUAGUAUACUACGAACAAUGCAUACUUCAGAAGACACCAGUAUUUAUGAUAAAGUUGUGAAUGCUAUCUUUGAUGAGGAGUUAUCAAGCACCAAAGACCACCAUGAGCAUGUUGAAAGAUUGAGGUUGCUCAGAAACGAUACUUCGUCUAUCCAGUACACAGAUUCAGAGACUGAAGCCCGUGAUCUGGUUGUGGAGUUCACAACAGAAGUGUUCAGACAACAUUGUGCAAAGCGUUUGGAAAUAAUACCCUUGCGACUGCUGGGUAAUUGUCCAGAGCUCAAUAGGAAUACCGUUAAACUUUUGACCCGCAGUGGAGACAAGAUUGAGCUUUGCCGUGAGCUGCGCUCUCCCUUUGUUAAUUGGGUUAUUGCAAACCAGAAAUCAUCCUUCAAACGGUUUGAAAUAUCAUACGUUUAUCGGAAAGCAAUUGGUCAUUCACCACCAAAUCGUUACCUUCAGGGAGAUUUUGAUAUUAUUGGAGGUGCACCAGCACUGACAGAGGCAGAGGUCAUCAAGGCUGCAACGGACGUUGUGACUCACUUUUUUCAUUCAGAAUCAUGUGAUAUUCAUCUAAAUCAUGGGGACCUAUUGGAAGCAAUUUGGUCAUGGAUAGGAAUCAAGGCAGAUCACAGACAGAAAGUCGCAGAGCUUCUCUCUCUUUUGGGCUCUUUGCGUCCUCAAUCCCCCGAAAGAAAAUCAAAGUGGGUGGUAAUAAGACGACAACUUCGACAGGAACUUAAUCUUCCGGAAGCUGCUGUAAAUAGGUUGCAGACUGUAGGACUAAGGUUUUGCGGAGUUGCAGAUCAAGCCCUUCCUAGACUGAGAGGUGCACUUCCUGCUGAUAAACCUACACGCAAGGCACUUGAUGAAUUGUCAGAGCUCUUUAGCUAUUUAAGAAUUUGGAGAAUUGAUAAACAUGUCUUCAUAGAUGCCCUUAUGCCACCAACUGAGCAUUAUCACAGGGGUUUGUUUUUUCAGAUAUAUUUAAGGAAGGAGAAUAAUCCCGGUUCACUUAUGGAAGGAUCAUUGCUUGCUGUUGGAGGUCGCUAUGACUAUCUGCUUAAUCAUAUAUGGGAUUGUGAGUAUAAAUCAAAUCCUCCAGGUGCUGUUGGGACUAGCCUUGCUCUAGAGACAAUAAUUUCACAUUCUUCUCUAGAUAUCAAACCUUUUAGAAAUGAUAUUAGCAUUAAUGUUCUUGUUUGUUCAAGAGGAGGGGGUGGCUUAUUGAAAGAGCGCAUGGAACUAGUUGCUGAGUUAUGGGAUGAGAGCAUCAAGGCUGAGUUCGUCCCCACGUCUGAUCCAAGCUUUACAGAACAGUAUGAAUAUGCAAAUGAGCAUGACAUUAAGUGUCUUGUCAUCAUAACAGACACCGGUGUGUCUCAAAAAGAUUCUGUUAAGGACCCGAGCUUGGGGAAGACGAUUGGCAGUGCUAAGAUGAUAGAUGGUCUCUACUAUUUUGAAGAUGAUAUUUCAAGUAAUAAAAAGGCUCAAGGUUUGAGUAGUUUUCGUUCUAUCCCUGUUAGAGAACAAAUAAUGCUAUGGCAUUUUAGACUAGGGCAUCCUAGUUUCCCUUAUCUUAAAAAAUUAUUUCCUUCUUUGUUUAAAGGAUUGGAUUGUUCAUCUUUUUAUUGUGAGAAUUGUUUUUUAUCAAAGAGUCAUCGUACUACGUAUUCUCCUAAACCUUACCAAACAUCAAAACCAUUUUAUUUAAUCCAUAGCGAUGUUUGGGGCCCUUCUAGGAUCACAACUCUUUCUGGAAAAAAAUGGUUUGUGACUUUUAUUGAUGAUCAUACACGUUUGUGUUGGGUGUAUAUAAUGAAUGAAAAAUCUGAAGUUGAAAAAUUAUUCAAGGAUUUUUAUAUGAUGAUUGAAAAUCAAUUUCAAACAAAAAUUGGCAUUCUUCAUACUGAUAACGGCACCGAAUACUUUAAUGAAGUUUUAGGAAGUUUUUUAACAGAAAAAGGAAUUUUUCACCAAUCCACUUGUGUUGACACACCCCAACAAAACGGAAUUGCUGAAAGAAAGAAUAAACAUUUACUUGAAGUUUCUCGUGCCAUCAUGUUUUCAAUGAAUGUUCCUAAGUAUUUGUGGGGUGAAGCCGUUUUAACAGCAACAUAUUUGAUUAACAGGAUGCCUACUCGUGUUCUUAACUAUUUUACACCCCUUGAAAGCCUUAAAAAAUCUUUUCCUGAAACUCGGAUUUAUUCAAACCUGCCUUUGAAAGUAUUUGGGUGCACUGUCUUUGUCCAUUUACCUAGUAGACUUCGAUCUAAAUUGGAUCCUCGGGCUGAAAAAUGUGUAUUUGUUGGGUAUGCCCCGAAUAAAAAAGGGUACAAAUGCUUCAAUCCGACAAAAAAAAAAAUGUUUAUCAGUAUGGAUGUUUUUUUUCUAGAAAAUCAUCCUUAUUUUCAGAAAACUUUUCUUCAGGGGGAGAAAGAGAGUGAAGAAAAUUUUUGGGAGAUUUCUACUAAUAUUCCCUUACCUAAAACUAUUGUCUCACACUCUACUCCAAACACUGAUCUUUUUAAACAAGAAAAUGUGUUCUAGAAUCAGGAAACCCGG